GCGGGACGAGAUCGGGCCUCAUCAAGACGCCUCUCGGGGGAGGCAAAAGUUUGAAAAAAAUAAAAAUGUCGCUCCGAAGUCCCAACUCCUAGUCCCGCCGGCGACUUCGGCAGCAGUUUUAGCAAGGCAAAGCAAUGGUGGAUUUCAAGAGCUCUGACAUCAGUCUCUGGAAACAGGCGCUAGAUUGUUACCCUGCCCGGAUAGCUUCUCUCAACAAGCCCAACCUUGCAUCCCUCGAUGAAUUCUACCGCAUCGAACUUCCUUCCGCAAUUCACCGGCGGAACCCUAAACCCUACAUCACCACUCCCGAGCUCGCGAAGCUCAUGCAGUGGAAGCUCUCCCGGGGGAAAUGGCGCCCCCGAUUGCUGGAUUUUGUCUCAUCUCUGGACGAGGAGCUCGUGAAAUCGGCUUCCGGAAAGGCGUUCGAGUCGCUCCCUGACCUAUCGAAAGCGGUAUCUGCUCUCACGGUUCUGAAAGGCGUCGGUCCGGCCACUGCGUCCGCCGUUCUAGCCGCCUAUGCGCCGGAUGUCGCCCCCUUCAUGUCCGACGAAUUUAACACUUGUAUUUAUUGGUGGAUUUGGUGGAAGGCUAUGGAGGCGGCUCUAGGUAACUCUAAAGACUAUACCUUGAAGCAGUAUCUGCUGUUUGCUGACAAACUGCAAGCUAAAGCGAAGGAACUAAACACAAUUGGCGAUUCGUUCACAUCCUCGGAUGUAGAAAGAGCCUUGUGGAGCUCGAUUACACAAACCAAGCUCGAUUCACGUUCAGACACAUCCUCCAGGACCAAGACAAGUCAAGGCAGCAAGAGAAAGAGGAAACCUUGAUGAAUUUAUUCAUCACUUGAUGGCAACCUAACCGUAGGUCUAACUUUUUCGGCUUAAGGUUUCAAUACACCUAAUGGAGGACUGGAGGAGGUUGGAAUUUAUGGUGGUGACGGUGCUACUGCUUGUACUCCUCCAUUGUUGUGGAGUUGGCGGAGGUGAUGCUCUUGGCUCUAGUUUGCCGGUUGUUGGCCAUGACAUCCGGUUUUCGAUUUCGUAUGUGUUGUUUGUAUCAUAGAAACAGGCAUCUAUCUCAGUUGUUGAAAGAUGGAUUCUAAACUCAAGACGAGUGAUAUGUAUGGGAGCAGUCGAACUGCACCGCGCUGCAAUCAUCUAAACUGCAUCGCACCACUUAUUAAAUAGAUCGCGCCACAUUCGG